AUGGGCGGAUUCAAUGAGAACGAGAGCGCUGAGUCGCACUUAGCGAAGGCGUUUCAAGACAUAGCCAAAGGCGAGCAGACGGCGCAAGCUAUCGAGAACCAUCUCACGCGCAUAGAGCAGGAGAUAGAUCGUCUCCUUGGAUCUGUUGAAGCUGGAAAGGAAGAUGGGGACGAAGUAACCAAAGAUGAUGAUAAGGGGAAGGAGGAGGCGAAGAAGGAAGAGGAGCAGAACGGAUCUGAUGAGCAAGGAAAGGGGGAUAAGCAGUGA